GCUGAGCUCUCCCCGCAGCCGCCGCCGCAGCCGCCGCCUGGGCCGCCCCGUGUCCCCGGUGGAGCCGCCGCCACCGCCGCUGCGAGCUCGAUGCGGACGGAGCCCGGGCCGGGCCAUGGGGAUCCUCAGCAUCACGGACCAGCCGCCCCUGGUCCAGGCCAUCUUUAGCCGAGAUGUGGAGGAAGUGCGUUCCCUGCUAUCACAGAAGGAGAACAUCAAUGUGCUGGACCAAGAGAGGCGAACCCCACUGCAUGCUGCUGCCUACGUAGGCGAUGUCCCCAUCCUUCAGUUGCUACUGAUGUCAGGUGCUAAUGUCAACGCUAAGGAUACACUGUGGCUGACUCCUCUUCAUCGUGCUGCUGCCUCCCGAAACGAGAAGGUGCUGGGGCUGCUGCUGGCACAUUCGGCAGAUGUGAAUGCCCGGGACAAGCUGUGGCAGACCCCACUGCAUGUGGCUGCUGCCAACCGGGCCACCAAGUGUGCUGAGGCACUAGCGCCACUGCUGAGCAGUCUCAACGUGGCCGACAGGAGUGGGCGCAGUGCCCUCCACCAUGCCGUGCACAGCGGACAUCUUGAGACGGUGAACCUGCUCCUCAACAAGGGAGCCAGCCUGAAUGUCUGUGACAAAAAGGAGCGGCAGCCUCUACACUGGGCUGCCUUUCUAGGGCAUUUGGAGGUCCUGAAGCUGCUGGUGGCACGAGGAGCAGACCUGGGCUGUAAGGACCGCAAGGGCUAUGGGCUGCUGCACACAGCCGCUGCCAGCGGCCAGGUUGAAGUGGUGAAGUACCUGCUCCGCAUGGGGGCCGAGAUCGAUGAGCCCAACGCUUUUGGAAACACAGCUUUGCACAUCGCCUGCUACCUGGGCCAGGAUGCCGUGGCCAUUGAGCUGGUGAAUGCAGGCGCCAAUGUGAACCAGCCGAACGACAAGGGCUUCACGCCACUGCAUGUGGCUGCAGUCUCCACCAAUGGCGCCCUCUGCCUGGAACUGCUGGUCAAUAACGGGGCUGAUGUCAACUACCAGAGCAAAGAAGGGAAAAGUCCUCUGCACAUGGCUGCCAUCCAUGGCCGCUUCACACGCUCCCAGAUCCUCAUCCAGAAUGGCAGUGAGAUUGAUUGUGCUGACAAGUUUGGAAACACGCCACUGCAUGUGGCUGCUCGCUACGGACACGAGCUGCUCAUCAGCACUCUCAUGACCAAUGGCGCGGAUACUGCCCGGCGCGGCAUCCAUGACAUGUUCCCCUUGCACUUAGCCGUUCUCUUUGGAUUCUCCGACUGUUGCCGGAAGCUUCUUUCCUCAGGUCAGCUGUAUAGCAUCGUGUCUUCACUUAGCAAUGAGCAUGUGCUCUCCGCUGGGUUCGACAUCAACACACCUGACAACCUUGGCCGCACCUGUCUUCAUGCUGCUGCUUCUGGAGGGAAUGUAGAAUGUCUUAAUUUGCUGUUGAGUAGUGGAGCUGACCUGAGGAGGAGAGAUAAAUUCGGCAGGACCCCCUUGCACUAUGCAGCUGCCAAUGGGAGCUACCAGUGCGCUGUGACGCUGGUGACCGCUGGGGCAGGCGUCAACGAGGCCGACUGUAAAGGUUGCUCCCCCCUCCACUAUGCUGCUGCCUCCGAUACUUACAGGAGAGCGGAAGCCCACACCACUUCCAGCCACGAUGCUGAGGAGGAUGAGCCCCUGAAGGAGUCCCGCAGGAAAGAGGCCUUCUUCUGUCUGGAGUUCUUACUGGAUAAUGGUGCAGACCCCUCCCUGCGGGACAGGCAGGGCUACACAGCUGUGCACUAUGCAGCCGCCUACGGCAACAGACAGAACCUCGAACUGCUCUUAGAAAUAUCCUUUAACUGCCUGGAGGAUGUGGAGAGCACCAUUCCAGUCAGCCCUUUGCACUUAGCUGCCUAUAACGGUCACUGUGAAGCCCUAAAAACGCUGGCCGAGACGCUGGUGAAUCUGGACGUAAGGGACCACAAAGGCCGGACCGCGCUCUUCCUGGCCACGGAGCGAGGCUCCACUGAGUGUGUGGAGGUCCUCACGGCCCACGGUGCCUCUGCCCUCAUCAAGGAGCGCAAGCGCAAAUGGACGCCCCUGCACGCUGCUGCUGCCUCUGGCCACACUGACUCCCUGCACUUACUGAUCGACAGUGGGGAACGAGCUGACAUCACAGAUGUCAUGGAUGCCUAUGGACAAACCCCACUGAUGCUGGCCAUCAUGAAUGGCCACGUGGACUGUGUACAUCUGCUGCUAGAGAAAGGAUCCACAGCUGACGCUGCUGACCUCCGGGGCCGCACUGCCCUCCACCGUGGGGCAGUGACUGGCUGUGAGGACUGCCUGGCUGCCCUGCUGGACCACGAUGCAUUUGUGCUCUGCCGAGACUUUAAGGGCCGCACGCCCAUUCACCUGGCCUCAGCCUGUGGCCACACAGCAGUUCUGCGGACCCUGCUGCAGGCUGCUCUUUCCACAGACCCCCUGGAUGCUGGGGUAGACUACAGUGGCUACUCGCCCAUGCACUGGGCCUCCUACACUGGACAUGAAGAUUGUCUGGAGUUGCUACUUGAACACAGCCCAUUUUCGUACCUGGAAGGAAACCCCUUCACUCCUUUGCACUGUGCAGUAAUUAAUAACCAGGACAGCACCACAGAGAUGCUGCUGGGAGCUCUGGGUGCCAAGAUUGUGAACAGCCGAGAUGCCAAAGGACGGACCCCCCUUCACGCCGCUGCCUUCGCAGACAACGUCUCUGGGCUCCGGAUGCUGCUGCAGCACCAGGCCGAGGUGAACGCCACUGACCACAGUGGCCGCACGGCACUUAUGACAGCGGCCGAGAACGGGCAGACCGCUGCUGUGGAAUUUCUGCUGUAUCGAGGGAAGGCGGACCUCACUGUGUUGGAUGAGAAUAAGAACACUGCCCUCCACUUGGCUUGUAGCAAGGGCCAUGAGAAGUGCGCCCUCAUGAUCCUGGCAGAAACCCAAGACCUUGGCCUUAUCAAUGCUACCAACAGUGCGCUGCAGAUGCCACUCCACAUUGCUGCCCGCAACGGUCUAGCCUCUGUGGUGCAGGCCCUGCUGAGUCGUGGGGCCACAGUGCUGGCCGUGGAUGAAGAAGGUCACACCCCAGCACUGGCCUGCGCUCCCAACAAAGAUGUGGCCGAUUGCCUGGCCUUGAUCCUUUCCACCAUGAAGCCUUUCCCACCCAAGGACGCCGUCAGCCCUUUCAGUUUCAGUCUGCUCAAGAACUGCAGCAUCGCGGCUGCCAAGACGGUGGGUGGCUGCGGCGCCCUGCCCCACGGGGCCUCGUGCCCCUAUAGCCAGGAGCGGCAUGGCGCCAUCGGCCUAGAUGGCUGCUACUCGGAGUAGCCCCAUUCAGUACCCCUCUCCCUGCCGGUGGCUUGAUACCUUAUUCUAUUUAUUUAGAAAAAGUCUAAACAUUUAGGGCACUUUAAAGGAGAACACGACUGGGCAGAGGGGGGCGGAGGGUGGCGGAGGGGGACAGCAAGCGCUGGGGAGCAGCCGCUCACCCCUUUGCCGCACCAUCUAGCCUGGCAGGGACCUGGGGCAUAUAGGGAGCACCCCAGGCCCUUGGUACCCCCAGGUGACCCCUCCGCCAAGUGUCCCCAAAUGAUUGCUAAAUGCCUGGCUUCCCCCUCUCUGAUGCCACCUCUCAGCUCCCUCUUUCUGCUGCCAGCUGCUCCCAUUCUUUCCUCAGCCUCUCCCCACUGUGCCCCCCUCCCCACCCCUCACUGCCAGGCAAAUUCCCUUCCCCCCCACUUCCAUUCCCAUCACUGCCUCCCUGCUCGGCUGGCCCCUCCAUUCCCGCAGCAGUGAGAAGCCUUAAUUUCUGGUACUGUGUGAGCACUCUGGGGGUGUCCUCUCCCCCUUCAGGGGCAGCUAGAGAAUGAGGGGGGAGGAUAUUUAGCACUGGGGCCUGGAGCUUUUUCCCCACCUCUGUACCUAUCGCCCCUGAAGUUCAAAUGCAAAACACUUGAAGCAGCAACUACUGUACCUGGGCCCCAAUCCCGCACUCUUCCCCCUGGCUCCUCAUAUGCAAAUCAAGGGCUGGUUCUGCCCCCACAGCCUGCCCCACCCCCUCCCCACUCCUGGCCUGGCCCCCUGACCACGCACUUUAACCUUGCUUUUCUUUUUUACUUCUUUUGGGAGAGCAGAGCCUGUGGCCCUCCCCUCCCUGGCUCUCCUCUCCCCAGACUUUGAGACUUGUCAUGAAUUUUUAAGUAAGCAUUUUGUCCUUUAGGGGAAGAAACAAAUUAAUUCCCUGCCCAUUUCAAAAUCACCACAGCCCUAGGAUGUCCUUAUCCGUUUCAGGCAUGUGUUUGCAUGUGUCCAGGGAGGGAUCGUGUUCUCUCUCCUGUGCCCCAAUCCCAGAGUUCCCCCAUGCGUGCCCCCAUCCCCACCCCGUCUGCCUCCACCUUCCGUUACGUCCAAGAGUUCCCACCGCCCCCAGUCACUCCCGAUCUGAAGCCAAAGAUGGUGGGAGGAGCAAGGCUGACCAGGGACCCAGGCUGCUUCCUCUAGUGGGAGGAUGCAGUGCGGCGGGGCGGCAGCAAAGAGAUGUUGAGGCUAGGUCCCUGCCUUCCCAGGAGUGGGGAGAACUGGGGUUGAGCUGGGGCGGGGAGGGGCUUUGUUGAUAAAGAGCCCUGAAAGGCACACCCCAAAAAGCCAAACUGGGCUGGAGUGAGGAGGGGGCGGUUUUUUUCUCUAAAUGUAGCAUUGAAUUUGGCCCUGGUCCCUUCUGACGCCCUGUCCACCCAUUUCCUAGUCAAGUCGCCUGGACAGCUGGCCCCACUCCCAUCGCCCAGCGUUCCCUUCCUCACACUCAAUACCUCAGCCAGGGACCAAGACACAGAACUUGAAUAGAGUUCACGCCCCGCCCCACCGUGAGCCCGGCCUGGGUUUGGCUGCCGUCAGUAUUGGCCCCUGAGAACUGGACAGGUUUUGUUUACACAGUGCAGGGCUCCCCUGAACCCCACUCUGGGGUCCCGUGGCCUCCUGCCCCUCCCCCAACCCUGGAUUGCUUGAUUUCAAUCUUAGCCAUUUUUCAGUUGUGUCCCCUGAAUGUCUUGCCAUCCUUGCCAGGUAGGCUGGAGUAGGGAGAGGGGAUGGGCAUCCAGAGAUCCCUUCCCCUUUUCCUCCCUCCCUUCCUGCCCAGCAGAUGCCCUUAACCUCACCUCAUGCUGGUUCCUGAAGCUUGGGGUAUUUGUCCAAAUCCUGAGUUUUCUCGUGGUCCCUGUUUAGCCCCCAUAUCUGUGUCUUACUUCCCCAUCUCUCAGUUCCUAAACCAUUUCAAGGUUUCGAAUUGACCAUUAUUGGUGAGAAGGAUUGUGCAGCUUUUAGUUUUUAUUUUUGUUUUCAAAGCCAAAGGGCCUUGCAAUGCCCCUCUUGCCCUCCCCGCCCCCUUCACUCCCUGACCAUCCCCCUCUACGACAAUCAAUGUGACCUCUCUUAAGGGCUGCAGCCCCCAUCCCCACCCUGCUGGUUCUGCAAAGCUUGCCCUCCCCACCUUCCCUCCCCCUCCAACUUGGAAUCUCUCUCCUCACAUCUUCCCAUUCCAACCCUUCCUCAUUUUGGUGCUGGGAACUAGGUGGUAGGGGGAGCGAGGUGGGUGGGAGAUGGGUCCUCCUGGCCAAGAUUCCUGGGUGGCAGUCGUGUUCUCCUUUGUCACUGCUUGGCGACAACAGGAAAAAUUGGAGCACUUGUCGGGAGCUCCCUUGUAUGCUAGGUGAGAUUUCAGGGGCUCUAUGUUCCCCACCUCCUCUUCAGCACUGGGUUGGCCGUGCUGGGGGAGGCCAGGUUGAGGAGCACCCUUGGGCCCUCCUCAUGUGACUGAGGAGGCCUGGGGGCGGAGAGCGGCCUCCUCUCCUUAUGCCAAAGGAAAUCCCGCCCCCCCACCCCAGGCUCUGCCCCUAGUGUGUUUUGAAGCAUUUUUUGACCAUUUUCAUGGCCACUGCAUAUUUAUUUUUAAAUGUUAAGGGUUUUUUUGUUUUUGUUUUUUUUAAUCUCUGACUUAAACGGGUGUGGAGAAGCGAAACAGGCUGAAUGCCCCCCAAUCUGCAGGGGGAGGGGAGGUCCGCUCCUUCCUUUGGUCCUCCCUCUGCCCCCUCCCCCGCAGCUCUAAAGCACUUGCUUCAAGUAAUAAGCACUUUUGUGGAAAGGCCUGUUUGAGGUGAGGACCUUGGGGACAGCCCCAGGUCCCUGAAAAGGAGACCAAGCAAGAGGGCUAGAGAGGAGACGAGAAAUGAGGCGUGCAUACCUGAGGGUGAGAUGGAAAGAGCCAGUUUUUUCAGUUUCUGACGUUUUGGGGGUAAUGUCCCUGCUUGGGCGGUGGCUUUGCUAGGGUUAGGUUGUGUACUAUCCUUCAGAUUAAAAAAAAAAAAGGCACAAACUGUGGGUCCCCGGAGGGACCAGCAGACCCAGGUCACUGCCACUGUCUAGCUGAGACUGAUGGGCCACCUCCCCGCCCCGUGGCCCGCUGAGCCAUAGGACUGCUGAAAACCACUGAAUGUACAGCCCAGGGCGGGUGAGGGCGACCCAGGGGAUGGGCUUCUCCUUUGUUUGGUGCUGUGGGGGGUGGGAAAGUUGAGACAGAGGGACUACCACCCCACUACUCCCCUAGACUUGUGUUCCUGGGAGUGGAGGGGCUUAGGGAGGCCUCCCGCCCUCCCCAGCCCCAGCCCCACCCCUCUCCCUCACCCCUGUUGGUCUUGACUGUAAGUCCAGCUCACCUUUGCCUUCAAUAUGUAACCAAAGGAAAACUCAAUACUGUUUCCACCGCUGUCGCCCACCGAGCACCUCCUUCCUUUCUCUUCCCACCCCACUGGAAGGGAGAAGAGGCUAGGGGUGGGUGGGUAAGGCCAGAGUGAACGGUUCUAUAGCUGUACCCUCCCCUACAAACCUCUUCCAGAGUCUGGAGAGCCGGGGCUGGGACCAGGCUGGCAGGGGUGGGAGUAGGUGCACUCUGUAUGUGGCUCACGGAGUGCUGCUUCUUCCACAUGGCUCCAGUGAAUGGACUCCAGCCCAGGGGCCUCUUUCCCCUUUCCCUCUGCCAUCUCCACCCUUUCCCCAUAACCCAGUGUUCACUCCCACCUUCCCUUCCAGCCGCAAAGGAAAAUAGCCUUACAGACCCUAGCCCGGAAACCCUGUUCCCUGGGGGCCGGCCGGUAUGGGAACCCCAGUCUCGCCUAGUUUGAAACCCUACCUUUUUAGAAGGAGGGACAGGAGCAAAGCAGCCCCUUCCCCUCUAACUGUGGUGGCUCCAGCCUUCCGUGGCCUUGAUCCCAGUUGGACAAGGACGGAGGUAAGGAAUCUGAGGACCAAGCCCAGUGGUCUGGGAAGAGGGAGGUGGAAAGGAACGGGCCUGAUGUGGGGAUCCCCCUCCUCCCGACCCAACCCCUAGAGAAGCGACCAAAUGCAGAGAUGGGAGGAAGCUGGGUGGGAGGUCUGCUCUUGUAAAUUACUUGAAGGUACUGACUCCGAGGCUGCUGUUGCCCACAUAGGUGUGAGGGGGCCACUGUCACUGCAUUUGGGAGGGCAGUGGGUGGUGGGUGCCAUAGGAUCUGCCCCUGGUCCUCGCUCACUCCCGCUAGGCCCUUUCCCUGGGGCAUUCGGAAGUCUGACUUGCCACCAGGGGAAUUGGGGAGAGCCUUCCCUCCCGUCUCCAUCCCUCACUCUGGGCACCCUCUCCAAUUGCACUAAAGUAGCUGUUGUGCCAGUCUUACCCCCACAUCAGGGGGGGGGUCCUCUGCUUCCAGUCUCCCCUUCUCCUCCCCUGCCGCCUCCGCUCCCAUCCCGGACAAUCUCCUUAUUCCCCCUUGUAUUCUUGGAUAACUCAGCUUUGUAUGUGUGUGUUGGGGGGUGGGAUGGGUUCCGGCUGCAGUGGGUUUGGCAGGAGUUUGGGAAGGGCUAUAGGAAAGAUGGAGGAUGAAGUCUCCUGCUCCCUUCCCCGGCUCCAAGCUCCAGAAGCCUGGCAGGGAGAUGUCUACUCUCACUGCCGUGUGUCUUGCAGAUGUGCCAAAAUUUGGGGGGGGUGGGGUGGGAAGGGGGGUGCCUGGCAGAGCAGCCCCCAGGGUGGCUCUCUCAAAGCAAUACAGUUCCCCUGCCUGGGGAAUGGCAAGACAGGGGAGAGGGUUGGUGGGGCGGGGUGGGGGGAGGGGAUGUGAGGGGUCCCCGUGUACAGCUGUGCAUAUUCAGGGGCAUUCUCUGUCUGGUACCCGCUGUGGGCAUUUAUGUGUGUGUGACCCUCCCCUUCCCCGUGCCCUGCAUGCCUGUGAUGCUGCAGAUACCACCAUCCUGUGUGCAGGUGUGUGCUGGGGGGCUCAGAGGGCAUGCCCAUGUCCUGUUGCACCCUCCACCCUGUGACCCAUGUACUCGGUUGUAGGAAGUAAAGAGAACUGAGCACAAUUCACUGGAUUCUAGUGAAUCUUAUUCUAAAGCAAUGUUCCCAUCCCUGCCCUUGCCUUGCCCUGGAUCCACCUGUGGUGCUAGUGUUGGGGUUGGAGGGGGCGGGGUGUUUCAUGCUGGUGGGCAGCAAUAAAGGGCUGGUCUGCUGAGAUGCCUGCAGCCCCAGGGUGCUGAGGACAGCAGGAACAAGUGGGGACCUUGGUGCAUUUGCUCCUCCCCUUUCCCCCUCCUCCCUGGGCUAAAGCACAAUGCUCUCCCCGCAGAUUGAUGUACCCUGCACCCUCCAGGCCCCCUAUUCAUGUCCUUCCCCCAAGCCUGCUUUGAACCCUCCCACUGCAACCUGGUUUUCUAUGCUGUUUUGGUGCAAGUACAACUGUCGUAGUCAUGGCUUUGGGAUGGGUUCUGUUUAUUAAAAUCCUAUUGCUCCUA